AUGACCAAAGAUGAGAUUCAACAUUUUUUCGGUGUAGAGGAUCAUAACAAAGGUGAUUAUGAUGGUCGGUUGAAGAGAAAUAGUUUGUUUUAAGCACUUUAAUAAUCACAUUUUUUUGGUGAGCCAAAAAGCAACAAUCAUGAAGUACGAUUAGCUGACUUAGCGGGGUUUUUUUAAAAUAUUUUUUAUGAAAUAACAAGUUCGGCUAUUCUACUUAUCACGCAGUGAUCACGAGGAGGUAUUUACCUGUCCUAGAUUUCGAUACAAGAGUGUCGUCACUCACUUUCACCACUUAAGUGGCGUACAAUCACCUCACGGAUAUCUGAGCGUGUUCAGGGCCAUCCAAGUAAUCGUGCCAUUUCCUUCAGUUAAACCAUCCUUUCUUGGUUAAACAUGUAUACAUGUGUAAACUGCCAAAACUAAAUGCACCAAAGCCAGAUACGAAAACCCUAAAAACCAGCAAGUGGAAAAAAGGGGGACUAAAAAGAAAAAAUAACAGGUUACUGCAGAAAAGGAACUAACUAUAGGCAAACGUUACCAUCACAUGACGACAUAAAAGGGACCUUAAGCAUCGACAACGAAAGGGAUGACGACGACGCUUCGCAACCGAGGCAGACUGGGCCAAGGGUUUCGUUUUCGGCGGGGAAAACGAAGUUUGACCAGUGCAGCUUCCCAGACAGACGACGACUUUUUCUGUGAGAGGAACUUUGUCUUGGAACAGUCUUGUUAUGGCAUUCAUAUGGCAUUGAUGAUUGUUUAAUCGACGAUGGCGAAUUUAUUGUUCUUUACAACCACCAUCAUUCGAUUUUGGAGGCUUUCGAUUCUCUUCGUCGUGCAGCUUUUGUUUUUGUUUUUAAGUUAAAAGUGUAUACCCAUCUUAAACAGCUCUUGACUUGUAGUUACGCCAAAUUUCGGCUGCUGAAUAGAAUUAAGUUUUGCUGCAAUGUUCUUCCACAGUUCCUCAUAGCCACAUCAUGUUCCAGAGUCUACUGGAAAAUAGUUACCUUUACUAGCGGCUAAAAAUAACGUAGGAAAUAAUCAAAUUUUAAUUUAGUAAGAAAAAAUGAAAAUUUAUCCCAUAGUACAACCUAGAAUGCACGAGUAUACAUACACCGUAAGGGAACAAACAGCAUCUAAUCUAAAAGGUUCGGAAGAUAGCAGGGGAAAGCUUACUUGUUUUUCUGACUGGUUGUUCCGCCAUCACUCAGGUUUUCAGACAAACCGAACCUGAAAAAUAAAUUGAAGUUAGCAGGCGAAGAAAUCGACGAAGUGCUUAACAUUUGGAUUCUGCAAAUCCACAAAGAAUAUAUUUCUACUUUUACUUAAUGACAAGGGGGGAAAAGAGUGAUUUACCCGCAAAAAGUAUUAGUUUUAUACUUACGUUUUAUCGACGACGGCAAACCUCCCUGAAUUUCGUCGUCGACGAAGGCUGGACGAUGUUCAAUCUCGUUCCCUGAGGCCGCGAUCCUUUUGUCCAGCGGAUUGCCCCAUCCGCUGGACAAAAGUAACGGAGGCUCUCGGGACGAGAUUGGAAGACGUUUUGACAACCUUACGCAUGCCCUGAAGGUUCGCGCGGGAAAAUUUCACUUCCGGUGGGCGUCGUCGUCCCAUUUCGUCGUCGAUGCUUAAGGUCCCUAAAAAUUAAACGAAAACUAAAUGUACAACUCAGACCUUCACCUUUAAGUUUCACGUGCAGUAUUAGCUUGGAAGAAAAGACUACAGUUUACUCAAUUUUUCUUUAAACAAUUGCUUUUUUCUCUUUUUCCCCCUUUUUUUACAAGUUCCUGAAUAUGAUGUCGCCAGUCCUUACCUGUCCAAUAAUCAGGGAGACUUCGUGUCUUAUUCCCUACAUCCGAGCCCGGUCAGGAGUAAACGAGACGCUGAUCAUUAUGCCGAGAAUUCCUAUUAUAAGUUGGAUACAUUUGGCAAAAAACUUCAUUUGAGAUUUAGACGAAACGAACACUUGUUGGCUCCAGAUCUGAAGCUAGUGAGACAAAACGGUGACGGCACAACAACUUCGCAUCCAGCACCGCCAAACACUUUUUAUCUGGGACAUGUUGUUACAGAUCCAGGCUCUACAGUCGCACUUAGCAACGAUGGAGGUCUGGUGAGUAAAAACUCUUUAUCUCUUAAGAGGUCUGACUCUUAACCAGUCGUCUUUUAUUUGUCUUUGUUAUUAAUCACUGGAGCGCAAAAUAUUUUACGACGUGAGGAGGAGUUGCUGCGGUUCUGCUAGUGUUCGUUAACUACGAAUGUCGCAGCCGUGUAUGGAUUAUAAAAGACGACCGGUGGAGUCAGUGCCAAGACAUUAAAAGUAACUGUUAGAAAAAUAUCAGUUAAAUUUCAACAAAAUAUUUAAUUGUCAGACUGGAUUAGUGAAAACGUCACGCGAUACAUUUCUUCUGCAUCCACUUCCUGUACAUUUGGCUAAACACGUGACGAGCAGUAGAGAUGCCACGCCCCAUCUUGUGUAUCGAAGAUCUUUCUUUGAAGACAGCGUUGCCUCGUGUAAAAUAGGUAAAUUUAAGAAAUUAUUUUUUAUUUUUGUCUUCUCUCCUUUUGUUCAUAUGCUUUAUUUUUUCUGCUAAUAUUAGUUUGUGUUCGCAUUUUCGGUACAAAAUACAGUGACUCCAAAUGAUAGCAUAAGUUUAUUGCAAAUAUUUAGAUAGGAACGAAACGAGUUGUUUCGUUGAUAAAAGCCCUUGAAAUAAAGAUAGGUUAUUGACCGUAGAAUUGUGUUAAUAUAUAGAUUUAGCCAGGGCUAAAAGCGAAGCUCCAAUUAAUAAAUUUAUAAUUUAAAUCAAACAAUAAACUUUUAAUCCACAAAUCAUUUAACUUAAGGGCACAUUCAUGUGACUUUUGAGGGAAAGGCUAAGUUAUUUUAGAGUGAAACAUCUUACAUCGAAUUGAUAACCUUAUAUGUACACCCAAAAAAUAGCAAACAUCUUCGAUCACAUUCAAGAUGACGGUAGAUUAGACCUCGAAAACAAAUUCUUGGAAAACAAAUCACGCCAAAUUUUUUUGCGUUCGACAGGUUUACUUUACAAAUUCUUGCCAACAAAUUUGGGGGUGUUUAAACCAAACUUUUAUAAUUUUUAUACAUCAAAUUUGAGGUGAAACAGUACUAUUUAUCAUACAGACCUCUGACAGAAUGCAGUAUUUCACAAUUUUUCAAGACAAAUUGCACUCAGCCAAUAUUCAGGACGAUCAAUCGUAAAGCGAAACCGUUCAAAAAUUUCCAAAAUCACCCAUAUGGCCAGCCGGUUCUCGUUUCUAUAGUGCGAGCUGUCAGUGUGGUCGAGUGUUGGAAUGAACUUUAGUAGAGUUAGGCUUCAACAUAAUAGCGAAUUUAUAAUUUUUUUUUUGUAAUUUAAUGUUUUCAGUUAUAACGAUGUGUAAUCUUAUAAAGCGUUUGAUACGCGCAACAUUUUUUAGUACUCCUGCAAGCGAUGUUCAUGAACGAUGAAAACAAACGGCACAGACAAGCGAUUAAAAUUGCAAGAGAGACUACUAACAAUCAAAAAAAGAAAUAUAAUUCGUGAAACAUUUACAGAGACAACAAUUUUCAUUCAUUAAGACAAGUAUUAAAGUGUCUCUAAACACCCUGAGUCUCGGCGUGAAGCUUAAGCCGGCUUCCCGGCGCGGGUGUUUACUGUUUUCCAAGGUAAACUCCUCGAAGCAAGAAAAUCGCUCAAAGUUUUCUUUCUACAGCCAAAUUUAUAACUAAAUAUUCUUCGGAACGUUUUCUUUCUAUUUGUGGAGAGCAAAUAUAUCUGAUGGCUUUUUAAAGUUCUGUAAGCUUAUAUCAAACCUGAUACUAGGUCAGAUCAUUGACUCAAACUACGGCUACAAACGUGCAUAAACUUGCCACAUAAACUGUCAGCGUGAACUGUGCAAGACUUCAUGAAAUUAGAUAUAACAAAAACAAACAUCAAAUACAAUAGUUACUCAGGCUUACCAUUCGAGAUUCAGUUCCUGAAAGCUAUCAAGGAACGCCACAGUUGCUUGAGACUUUUAAACCCUCUUACUAAGCAAGGUGAAAAACGAAAACGAUGCCAUCCGAAAUCGAAUUACCGAAUUUUGACAAGCGACGCGUUUCUCAACAAAAAACCCAGUAAACAAACCAGCCAUAAAUAACAGAAGACUCUUGAUAGCAGCUGUAUUUCAUUUUGUACAUCCAGAAGAAAAAGACAGUUAAAAACAUCACAAGUUGAUGCAAAACUCUUCAGCUUCAGCUGUCAAAGUAAACAACUUUCAAGAUGCUGCAUAAUUUUUUCGCAUGAACUCACCUGUCAAAUUUUGACCAAUCAGAGUAUAAAAAUUGGACGUAGAGCGUGACUACCGCGUGACCAUGGUAAGAUAAGGUCUUCCCCGCCUGUACUCUUAAAAAAACUGGCUCAAUUUUCGCUUCCGAAGUCAGUUUGAAAUCAAAAUCCUAAUAGUGCGGGGCCAUAGUGACAUAAACACAACAUAUUUGAUAUGAAUCCUUGGAAAAAAUAAACUUGAGCCUGCGAUCAUCAUCAUCAGCAGAUAACUUCAAAAAAAUACUCGACCUGGCUGGGUCGACACUUGAGCCCGCGGUACGGUCAGGUGAUACUGGUCAGCGGAUGCCCUGUUUUGACAGCUGUCAAUUGAUCACAACAUUGAUGUGCAAUUAGUUUUCUCUUGGGCUCCCAAACUAGCUAAAAGUGUGAGAGUAAACAUUGGUUGUCCUGUGGUGCGGACGGACGGUCGGCAGUCGGCGGUCGGUGUACGGUCACGUGAUUACCAAAUUUUCUGGGAUGGGUAGAUUUACUAAGCUAUGGGGCUCUGCCCACGUGCGCGCGAAGCGUGCGCGUGGAGCUCCGCUACAAUGCUUUAGCAGUUUCAUCUACCUCUAGGUCCAUUAUCUUAGCUAAUGACUUGCGAUAAGAGAUAAGAUUACUACUAUUCAUUUGUCAUAUAAUGGAUGGGUGCAGUUUAAUCGUAGCUAAAACAGCCAACAGUCUUGUUCCUUAUUUCACAGAUGAGGCAGAUAUUCGUUCAAAGAGAUCCAUGGAAACUAAAGACUCUCCGACUGUGACAGCAAGUACUCCGGUAUUCAAGACUCUGAAAGCAGCAUUACUGUACCCUGAACCUCUAAGAAGGAAAUACUCUGGGUCCUUAAACAAUUCCCUGGGAAGUGUUGAAAACUACCUGUUGAUUGUUGCUAAUAUGGUAUGUAUUAAUUGUUUUCCUUUCCCCUUUGGUGGCUUUUUGCAAAAUCAAUCAACUGAUCGUUUGUUGCUUACAAUACAAUAAUGAAAAUAAUAAAACUAAAUUCAAAGUCCAUUAAAUUGGAGUGUUCAUGUUUAAAAUUUUUCUUGAAAGAGAAAACAAGCUAGAGCAGUCUUCUGGCAUGAAGUUCCAGAGAAAAGGUGCAGCUACAGUGUAAAAACAAGCGCUGUAUACCUGAAUGUAAUAAGCAAAGACCACAAAUAUCAGUCACCUGAUACAGGACUGCAAAGAUUACGACUGAGGAGAUGACCGUGGUGAUACAUUUCAGAAAUGAUGCCACCCUAUAUCUGAUACAGUAAAAACCCACUAGUGAGAAGUUAGUUUUAAAAGAACCCAUUAAACUAAAAUUUGCCAGUUAGGCCCAAACUACCCCCAACUCCUCAAGAACCUGCCCAGCCUUAAAUUUAAAACGGGUUCUUAUUAUCAUACAAUUCUGUAUACUUGGGCAAAUAAGAUUAUAAAGAGUAAUUUAACAUUAUUUUUUUGAUCAUAAGGGUUAGAGCUGAGUGCAAUUGGACUAGGCAUUACAAUACAUGGAUGUUAUGUCUUGAAGGAUGCAGAUUUUAUUUAAGAAAUAUGCUGAAUAUCUCUAAGUACUCUUAGCUAAAAGACAUUCUUUAAGAACCUAAUACCCUAAAUUUGUGCUUAUUACCGUAUAUAUUUAUGUAAGAACCUUUUAUGGUAAGUUGUAAAAAAUGCGGUUUCUUACCUGCGGGUUUAACUGUAUUCGAUAAUUUUUUAUUUUGUCAAGAAUAAACUUUUUAUAGUAUGACUGCAGUGAAAACAAUGACUGUUUUUAGGUGGCUGGCAUGUUUCAAGACCCCUCGAUUGGAAAGAUAAAAAUUACCUAUGUGAUCACCAACGUUACCCAGAUAGAUCCCAAGCAGGUACUAAGAAUAUUAUUGAGCUGGCAGAGGAGGUGUAGCCAUCUAUUUAGUAGUUAAGAUAUUAGAGUCACUUCGGUACUGUGUAAUAUAUAUAUCUCGACAUUGCAUGUGAUUUGGGCGAUACCUUAACUUUUACCUAAGUUUCCCCUUAAAUUUUAGCACUUUUUAAUUGACAAAUUAAUUAAUAUUGAGCAAUGUAUACAUUUUUAAACGUAAAUCACUCAUAAUAAAUUUUGAGGAAUUUACUUAAAAGUCAGUAACUUGGGACAAUAAUGGAGCGUUUGUGGGAUAUAAGACUGACUAUCAUGUAGUUUCAUUCAAACAGUUUGAAGGUUACAAGAUAUCAAAACUGCAACUUGUGAUUUCGAGUUAAUUUGGCGAUGACGAAAUUAACGCCACACUUGGUAGAUUCUGGUGCUGUUGAAUUUUUCAAUUUUCAGAAGAACUGUCUCCAGAUACCGUUACCAAUGAACACUGUUAAACGACCUCCAUUAUUUUAAAAUCUUUAUUGCAGUAUAAGUUCAGCUUGAGUGAUUCUUCGAUACCGAAGCUGAAGAGAUUAGCGGCCAAAAUUAAAGAAGACAAUAAGGCAUCCAGAGUACCCUACGAUGUCUUUAGUUACGUGUCAAAGUAAGAAUUCUGACGGGUUGUUGAUUUAUGCAAGUUUAUUUGUAUUGGAUUAUUAAAAUUUAUAUCUAAUUACAUUUAAACGUUUCUUUACUUUCAGUCAUAUUGAGGGUAUAGGUAAGUCGUAGUAAUUUUUUUAGUUUUCUGAGGGUCGCCGAAACUCUCUCGUGAUUUUAUAUUCUCUAUGCCCUUGAAUUAGCGCUAGUUUCAGUUAACGUUAAGGCAAAAUAUUUUCUUUGGAAAUAAAACAAAGCUGUUGAGACUUUCAUCUCAUUGAGGGGCAUAUUGUCAAUAAAGGACAAUGAUGACUGUUAUUUUAUUAAGGUGGCUCCGUAAUUAAUACUAGAGCAUUUAGCUGUGACAAAUUUUCCGUCAUAACUUUUUCGUUUUUAACGCGAUGGCUGCGAAACUUUGCAAAGAACAACAGAAGUCAAUCACUAAUAAUGUGAAAUAUUCCGAUUUCAUUGAUGGUAAAUAUUUCUUGAGAAAUUAGCGCUUAAAAGGACCCUAUUGAUCAAAGAAAAUCGCGUCUAGCAAAACAUUUUGCUGAUACUUUUUACUGAAAUUUCUGGUAUUGGCUUUUAUUGAUAUAAUAAAUAUGCGAAAGAAAUUUCAGUAAAAUCGUUCGAGUAGAAGUCCGUAACUAAAAGUCGCUCAAAAUUCAGCUGUAAAAUUAUUUUAGAAUUUCAAAAAUAAAUUACUGUCAGGUAGUUUGGUAGUGGACAGUUCUAUCUGAGCUCUGAUACGAGGUAGCGUCCAAUCUCAAUACCUUUCUUCUGUGUUGGAGGCAACGAACAGCAGUAAAGGUCGUUGAAAAUGCAUUUCAAUACAUCAAAAUGUAUGUAGCAGGAGUUUGAGCCAAAACUGCCAAGGGAUAUUUUAAAAAUGUCAAGAAACAUGUCAUUCUACUUCACAGCAAGGUUUGGAGAAAUUUAUAGUGCUUCUAAAACUAAAAAGUACCUUUUAAAGAAUAGCACGAUAGGCAAUCGGCUUUUGUUUUAAGAAUUAGCAAACAUUGAAUUUACUUAUCCCGAAAAUUCAAACUGGUGUCUCCUUCUAUCUGAUAGUAAUUUAUUCUUGAGAUUCCAAAACAAUUUCACAGCUAAAUAUUGAGCGACUUUAAGUUACGGACUUCUGCUCCAACGAUUUUUCUGAAAUUCCUCAGGCAUAUUUAUUAUAUCAAUUAAAGCCGAUACCAGAAAUUUCAGUAAAAAAUAUCGGCAGUUUUUUUUACUAGACGCAAUUUUCUUUAAACAGUAGGGUUCUUUUAAGCGCUAAUUUAGCAAAAUAUAUUUACCAUCAACGAAAUCGGAAUAUUUCGUACUAUUGCUGAAUGAUGUCUGUUGUUCUUUGCAAAGUUUCUCAGCCAUCGCGUUAAAAACAAAAACGUUAUGACGAAAACUUCGUCACAGCUAAAUGCGCCUGUAUUAAUGACAGAGCCACCUUAAAAUACUGUCAGAAAACUUGCUCUCAUUUCUUGGAAGACAGUUUUUACAAUACAACACUAUAGUUUUUGAUCUGGUCAGCAUGUUUGAUACAUUCUCUUUUAGACGUACAUACAAACAGUCAUCCGUGCUUCUUCAUUUCUUUGCCUCUGGCCAAUAUCAAGUAUAACUAACGUGGACAAAAGAUUGUAAGAGUCAGCAACGCGACUCUCCAAUAAGUAUUGAGGUCGGGAAAUGCGGAUAGGGUUGCCAUAAUAGACGUUUAUACGCUCGGAAGAAACCUGUCUUAGUGGAAAGAGUCGCAACACGUUUUUGUAUACGAGCUGGUAGCCGAACCUUGUUAAAGCGAUCAGUUUUUGCCGACCAUUUAAUUCCAUUUAGGUCGCGCCAUUUUUAAUCGGAUCUGUACAGGGCCUACUGGAAAUCUAAAUCAUGACAAGGGUCUUCAAACGGCACUCCACAUUGCCCAUGAAACAGGACACAAGUAAGUAAAUCUGCCCAUUUGAGACCCAUCACUUGGAGAGGUAUCCAUCUCUCAAGCUCUCUAGGCUAGAGCAUACAAUCAACUGACGAGUUUAAGGUGGCUGAACACAGUUUUGCGGGCGGUCAGCGGUAACUCGCGUGACCGCGCGUGUUUUUAAUUAGACAAACAAACAUGACGGCGAAAAAGCAAUGAUACACAGAAGACGAUUUCUCAAAAUCUACUCAUUAAAAUUUUGUGAUAUUUGGCAGAAUUUUUACUUUUAUCGUAUUUUAGGUAAUGAAAACUUUAAAAUGGAAGUUGAAUAGACGAAUUUCGUAACACAUUUAAUAAUUACAGUACAAUUAUAUUAUUGAUUAUCUAAAAUUCCGCCUGUUAAAAUUUGAUCAAAUAAGUUUCAAAUGGUAAUGACUAGUUACAGUAAGCUGUGUGCAAGUUUAUAGGAAAAUCUAAGGAGCGAAUUUUAUGUAAACUGAACAAAAGUGAAAUUUUAAGGUUGUAUUCAAUCGUUCAUGUUGCCAUGGAAACUACGAAAACGUCAAAUUUUACCUGUCAAUCACAAUCUUUUAUCAGUAUAUUUUUAACCUGCCAAGUUUCAGCUUGUGAGCUGCAACCUUUCUCUUGCCAUGAUUUGGCAAAUGACUACACUCACAAACUGCCAAAACUGUGUUCAGCCACCUUAAUUGGUUAAAGAUUCUUGAGGGUAAGAAGCAAGGAGCAGCUUUCUGGAAGAUGUAUUGUCAGAUGUCGGAGUAGCUUUAUUACCUUCAAUGCCCUCAGGGCUUAAAUAGUUUACUUAGUAUAGUUUUACAAUUUUUCGAAUUACUUUUUAUUACAUUUCUAUAUUCCUAUUUUUUAACAAAUCACAAUAUUAUUUUUGCAUUCAUAUAGCGUUUUCUAGACUUUCUAGUAGUAGGUUCUUGUAGAUUUCUAUAUGGUUAUAUUUUUUAAGUAAUUAUAUUCAUUUGCAAAUAAUCACCUAAUUCAACAACCAGUUACAAUUUGAUUAUUAAUAAACUAUCUAUUUAUCUAUCUACCUAUUGGAUUGUAUGGAAGUCUGUUGAGCGAAGAAGGAAUGAUUUGUGUUAUUUAGGCCCCGUUGCUAGGGAGAAAUCUUUCCUCUAGUAGAAGGGUCACCCUCCCAGCAGAGUUAGUUUACGCGAGCUUUUAUAUUAGUUAAAAAAAGAUAAAAGUUGGUUCACCCCUGGUGGCUAGGGCAGGCGAGUGACCCACUUCUUCCCCUACCUUCUCUAUAUAAAUGGGGCCUUAGUAGCCGCGCCCCUGGACUUUCCCAUAAUAUAAAUAAUAUUCCCACGAUAUAAAUAAAGUUUAUUAUUAUUAUUAUUAUUAUGGUCAGUUACCGACAGUUCAACCUACUGAAACUGUGAUCUAGCGUCACUUCGUGUCUAUAUAAGAUCCAUUUUUUAUAUACCAGAUAAUCGUAACCUAAAGUUAAAAGCGGUUAAAUUAUGAAAUUUCUGGUGUCCACGCACUUGCUGAUUAUUUACCCAUUGACUCGUCGGCUGUUUAGGUCAGGGUAACAAAGAACUGCCGUGAGAUUCAAAUGUUAAUUAUAUAAAAUUCACUAUCAUUAUUUUAUGUUUUGUGUAAUUAACCACCUUUUAUUUCAUGUUAUAUUUUCGUGGAGUCGUGUAUAUAGAGCCACUCAAACUUCCAUUUGCUAGACUGAGCACCUCUUCCUUUGAUAAAUUAUUGUUAAUAAUGACAUGUCUUUUAAAUCAGCUUGGGGCUUGGUCAUGAUGGUGGUUACUGUGGAGGACGCAUAAUGAGCGGUGCUAUUCCUGGAGGAGAACACGCAUCAGAGUGGUCCGAAUGCUCUAGGAAGGUUAUUCAACCAUUCCUCUCUAACAGGCAUGUUUAGCAACUAUAACUUGUCUCGUUUACUUCAAUAUUUCAUUGAUACCUCAACUGACAUCAAUAUAUGUGUCAAUAUGGCAGAGCACGUCCAUCUUCUAUACAUCCAUCCGCGCACCCAGUUACAACACCCACCCAGCCAGUUUUUAAUCACGUGCCCAUCUCUCAACCUAGCCACUCUCCAAUCAACUCAUCCCCUUAUCAAUCCGUUAUAGAGUUUGCUCAAUUUUCUCUCUAUCAGUCAGCCAAGUUACCCGACUCUGUUUUUUACCUUUGAUUCAUACUAAAACUACAUAUUAUUUCCUCAGCAAAAGGUCACAUUGUCUCGAUGAUGGACCCACUGUGGAUGGUCCCUCCCUUCCUCUUGAGUUUCGCGAUAAACUUCCUGGUCAAAUAGUUGAUGGUAAUAGACAGUGUGAAGCACAUUAUGGGAAAGGCUGGAAAAGAUUUGAAACGGUAAAACUGACUAGUUUGAUUCUUCAUGUCUUCAAUCAUGCAGAAACUCAUGUUCUCAUGAAUUCUAUCUUGAAAUAUUUCGCUGUAUCAAUCUGUAUUAGAUCAAUUUGACAACGGUACACUCAUCAUAGACUUAAAAUAAAUCAAUUUGUAAUAUCAAUUAAGGCAGCUGUAUAUAAAGUUUCGCAUAAUUAAGCCCUAGUUUCUGCAGUGGACGAAAGGAAGGCCUGUGAACGAGGUUGUGGUAAAUGGAAUCGAGGGAAAGAAGCAUGCGUUAUUAAUAGGCUAAAUGCGGUUGAAUUAUCCGUAAACUCAUUAUCUAGACGAUAAAUAGUUAGAAAUGCUCAAUUAUCUCCUUAAGAGGUUUUGCAACGGAGUCAAGGAUACAAACUAGUAGGCCGAAGAUUCGAACUUGUGUCUACCGAGAACAAUCCAGCUAUAUAGCGGUCAGGGUGAGAGUUUAACCAAGAGCCUCUGAAUUUCAAGUAAUGGCUUUAACUGCUUGGCCAAGUUGCCUCCCUAGCUAACGAUCACUGCCUCCCUAGCUUACGAUCACUGCCUUCCCAGUUGAUAAUCACCACCUUCCUUAUCAGCUGAAAAUCAUUGCCUCCCCAGCUGACGAUCACAGUCUCCCUAGCUGACGAUCACUGCCUCCGUAGCUGAUAAUCACAGCUUCGCUCGCUGCUAAUCACUGCCUCCCAAGCUGACGAUCACUACCCCCCUAUCUGACAAUCACCACCUUCCUCAGUAGCCGACAAUCACUGCCUCCCAAGUUUACGAUACCUGCCUUCCUAGCUGAUAAUAACUGCCUCCCUAGCUGUCGAUCACCAACUUCCUUAUUAGCUGACGAUCACUGCCUCCCUAGCUGACGAUCGCUGCCUCCAUAGCUGACGAUCACCGCCUUCCUAGCUUAUAAUAACUGCCUUCCUAGCUGACGAUCACCACCUUCCUUAUUAGCUGACGAUCGCUGCCUCCCUCGCCGAAAAUCACUGCCUCCAUAGCUGACGAUCACUUCCUCCCUAGCCGAUAAUCACUGCCCCCUAGCUGACGAUCACAGUCUCCCUACCUGACGAUCACAGUCACCCUAGCUGACGAACACCGCCUCCCAAGCUGACAAUCACCACCUUCCUAACUGACGAUCACAGGGAGGAGAGAGUAGAAGAAGAUCUCUUCUCUUGCCACAUCUUCUUUCCUGCUCCCUUUGAAUAAUCCCAACUCCCCAAACUUUUUGGAAAUCAGCACAACAGUUCAAUGUAAUUUAAUUUUGACUAGGGUGAGCGUUGUUUGACGAAUUUUACUCGGUUUUGAUGCGGCUGUCCUCGUUGGAAGAAAUAUUACACAAACAUAAUAAUAAUAAUAAUAACAAUCUUAAUACAGGGAGCUCACUUCACAAAGAGUGAUAUUCAGUGAGGCGCUGUAAAACAAUAGAAAAAUAAAUGAUCGUAGAUAAAUGAGUAUGUAUUAGUAAUAAUAAGUAAAACGUUAAGAACUAAAAAGUUAACUAAUAUAAGCUACAGGUUAAAAAUGUUAAAAUGUUAGAUCGAUUAAAAUAUUAAAAGCUAUAAAAUAUCUUAAAAUAUACAGCGUUUUUUUAUGCUCCAGUUGAUAAGAAGAAGAGAGUUAAUUUUUUAAAAAAUAUGCGUCUAAAAAGUUCCAUUCCUUAGGGCAUUGAUAAAAAUGUCUCUGCUUUCCAUAUUUCCUUUAAACGAGAGGAAUCUCAAAAUAUUAAAAUUGUGAUGCGCAAGUCCGUGGAUGUACUUAAAAGUGGUAAUGUAUCUAUUUAAAUGGGGCUCUUGAGAUUAAGUAGGCCAUCCGAGUGUUUUGAGAGCGUCGGUAGAUGAAGCAUAGUUGGGCAAAUCAAGGAUAACUUUGGCAGCCUUAUUUUGUAAGACUUGUUAAUCAUGUAAUAUUAUCUCUGUCUCCACAGAUGGCAAGUAUGUUAUUUUUAUGUUCUUUUAUUUAUGUUACAGCAUCAGUGCGCGCAUUUAAAAUGCAUCAAAGAUUAUACUUUACUGACCAAAUUUGUCGUGGUCGCUGAUGGGACGAAAUGUGGACCUAACGAGGUAGGCCGACCCAUGUUUUAAAUUGUUUUCAUUUGCAUUCUGUAUCCAAUUUUCGUACGUUAUUCAGUUUUAUUUCCACACUCAAACGUUAAGUACCGUACUAGGCCACUGGCACAAUGACAUCAUUUUACUUGAUGUAACUAGAAGCCAUUUCGUUUUUCCUUUAUAUUUAAUUUUGGUAAUCCCAGCGAGGUUUAAGUAACAAAAGUGGAUGUACUGCCUCUAACUCUUUAUUUAUUAUUAUUAUCAUUUUAUUAUUUGCACAAGAAAUCAAAACCCUGAAGGAUUCUGGUCGUAGUAGUUAAAAAAACGUCAUCGUGCAAAUGGCUUAUUGUUUUUUAAAAAAUUAUUUACGUUGAAUUACUUACGGCCCUUUUUAAAAAGUAAAUAAAUAGUUCUUACAUGUCUUAGCACUCGCAUUAUUUACUUUUUUGAGUAACCACAGAAUAAAUCAAAUUAAAUGGCAUUCCCAUUCUUUCUUUCGGAAAUAUCUUUUGGCAGUGGUGUAUAAAAGGAAGAUGUAGCGACCGUGGAAUGGGUUUUCCAACUAUGCCCCCGAAGGGACCUGGUAAAUGGUCCAACUGGGGAAGCUAUUCUGUUUGUAGUGGUGAGUGCGGGAAUGGAUUUCAACAGGUUCAGCAUAGAAGCAGACAGUGCAUCAAGUAAGACUAUUUAUUCUUUACCUCUUUUAACUUUACAAAUCUUUUUUAUUCAACAUCUCAAAAUACAAUCAUCACAAACAGCGCUGAAACAAAAGUUGGUACGUUGCAUCUUCUUUUUCAAACAAAAAUUUUGUGGGGUAAUAACAACAAAUGAAAUCUUUAUAUAAAGUGGAGCACGGAAUAUUGCACUGUUCCAGUUUAAUAUGCGUUUAGUCCGGUACUCACUUUCACGCUUUCAGCAACAUAAUUUGUUUCAUAUAAGUUGUGUAAUUAAACAUUUUCAACUUAAAUAUACGAUCUCUGUCUCACUGGCUUCUUAAUGGACACUAAGGCCCUGUUUACAUGGAGUGGGGGACCCCGGUCUAGUGGGGUAAGUUUCUUUUGUUUUGUGCCUCCCAGAGCGUGAAAACAAAAGAAACCAACCCCACUAGACCGGGGUCCCCCACUCCAUGUAAACAGGCCCUUAAAAUAGAAACUACCCCUAAUGCUACUCCUAGGUGCAGAAUAUGUGCCGAUUUGACCACAACGCUAAAAAACACAAUGAUGUGAAAUGUGGUACCAGCGAGGAGCAAAAAAACUAAAACUACUGCAUGGUACCGGACUUACAGUUAGCUAUCGGUUGAGUGUCUGUGUUUUGCAUCCAGUUUUCUAUUCUUUUAUUAACUGCAUUUUUGUAACAUUUUGAUCUUCUCUUGCACCCGUUUUGACGAGCUGAGGAGCUAAUUACGGGGAGAAAGCAUUGUCUUCUAUAAUUGAAAGAUUUAAUUAAAAGUUGUUGUUGUUGUUGUUGCAGACCGGUGGCUGAGGCCAGCUGUAAAGGACCAAAUAAGGAAUACAGAACCUGUCAAAUAAAGGUUUUUACGAUGAUACCUGCACACUACUACGACUACUGCUACUGCACUGGGUUGUGUUUUGUUUUUUUAGUUGCCCAAGUAGCAGAUAUUUAUGAUUAUGUAUUCUAGCACGAAUUACGCACACCAUCAUUCGCCCCUCUGUCCAGUGUUUUAGCAAGAGAAUUCCCAAGAGUAUUCAGUUGUUUUGCAUGAAAUACAAACCCUACUUAAUAGGUCCGAAGUAGGUAAUUAGUCCAGUCGUAGAUAAUUUGUAUUUCACAUCUAGGGUGAGGCGCCGGGAGAAAGGAUUGAGGUAUAAGGGGAGCGAGAUUUAUUUGUUUCUUUUUUAUUUAUUUAGUCACUCACAAAACCUUAUACAACAUGAACAAAAGUUGUAAUUAAAUUAUAAAAUUAAUGCGACAAGGAAGCCUAACGAAGCUUGAAGCUUAUAUUAAUAGGCUUCCUUCAACUACCUAAUGAACUAAAUUCAUGGCUGAGUGAAGAGUGAGCAAAAUCAGAAAAUUAAGCGACAGAUCGGCUAUCAGUGAGAUAUAGAAGGAGAGCUAAUAUAGUGAAAUAAGUAACGAAAUCCAGAUUUUAGGUCCUCUGUAAAGGAUACUGAAUUGCUUUAUAUUUGUUCUACAAAAAUGAGGUCUAUACUGAGAGGCUAGUCGAGUUUCGUAUUGAUGGACUUGAUUACUACUUAAGAACAAGUCACGAAAGCUACUAGGCAAAAGAUUAUGGUGACAAGAAUACAUAAAAGUAGCGACAGAAAAUGAAUUAAUACUAAAUAUGUCAAGGACUUUAAGCUGGCUAAAUAAAGGGGCGGUAUUUGCUAGAUAGUGAGCUUUAGUUAUGAGACGCUUUUGCAAAAGGUAAAUAGAGUUUGGGUUGGAACAGUAGGUGGAGGACCAGGCGACAUUACAGUAUGUUAAGAAAGGAUAUACAAGGGAGUAAUACAAGGUCAACAAAGUUUGGUAUGAUAGGUAAAAGCGGGCUUUCGCAAAAAUUCCCACACUUUUCAAGAUUUUUUUUGAGACGAAAUCUAUAUGUGGUUUCCAAGAGAGAUGCUGAUCAAUGAGAACACCUAAAAAUUUUGUCUCCAUGACUUGCUUGAUCACAGUAUUUUCCAGAGCAAACAGUAAAGAUUGAGUGAGACUAGAGACAUUAGGAAGAUCAUUAAUGUAAAUAAUAAACACUAGAGGUCCAAGAAUUGAGCCCUGCGGGACGCCACAUAAAAUUUUCCGCGGAUAGGACCGAUGGGACCCAAACUGGACAAUUUGAGUCCGAACCUCAAGAUGGGUUUUGAUCCACGUCAAAGCAGUAUCCCGAAUACCAUAGUGUUGCAGUUUUUGACGCAAUAUUUCAUGAUUAAUGAGGCUAGUUCGUUAACGAACACUUAAGUUAUUUAAUACUUUAGGUUAGCCUCUCUUCGUAAUCGUUAUGUUCCUGCCUUGUUUUAUGUUAGUUUAAAUUCUAUUUACUGUAUAGUAGUGUCUUCACUGUUAUUUAGUCCAUCUAUAUAUAAAUCUUGUUUUGUAAUAUGUCUUCAGCUCCCCCCCUCGAUUAGUUUAUAAGCUAUUUGCGGGUGGGAAGGUAAUGUAAUUAGUUAUUUUCCAAUUUUCAAUAAAAUUUGUUGUUGUUGUUGUUUGUUGUAUUUGUUGCAGUCUGAAAAUUGAAAAGAUAUUUUUUUAAUGAUUUGUAGGUAUGUUCACUUAAUGAUACUGUUACAGCCAGCAAUUUUAGGCAGAAUGCUUGUAGGAAACGAACAGAUGGUUUUAACAAUUACUACCUGCGUAGCCGUAAGUGCGUAUAAUGUUUAACAUAAAUAGUCAAUUUCUAACCUACAUUUGUAUCAAACAGUCAAGUUUGUUUGCAAACCGUUUUGUCUCCCUUAAUAUUUUUCAAAUUAAAGUUUGAAACAUUCACAAUCUGUAGUGGGUAUUUUAAAAUAACAAGCUUUCAUGUUCCAGGCUUUAAGCUUAAACUUUGAUGUAUAAUAAUGUACUAACGUAAUAACUAUUUAGAUUUUGACUUGUAACUAACUUGUAACUAGUAUACUUGUAAACAGAUUCACACUUUUUUGUAUUCCUGAAUGAGUUUUUAAAUAAAUAAAGAUUAAUUAAUUGAUUCCUCCAUUGCAUGUCUUUGUAAGUUUCACGCGCCGAAAAUUGUAUCUCCGUUAUAAACAGAAAGUCCAGAUACUCACUCCAGUUUGCAUUAUCUUCUUUUUUAGCUUGCCAAAUGUGGUGCCGAAAGGGUUGUUGUCUUGCUAGGCCGAUUGGUCAAAUGCCAGAUGGAACCAUUUGUCGACAAACUGAGACGUAUUCCGCUAUCUGUGUACAAGGCUCUUGCAGAGUGAGUUCAUCAUAUUUUUUCCCAUCAAUCGCCAUUUAUAUGCAAUAUUAUUGGGUUUUCCACAGUCUUAGCUUUACAUCGAAUUUUAGCAAAACAAUAAUUAACACUAAAGAAACAUAGCAAAUUAGCAAGUUUUGCUUCACCACAACCCACGUUUCGAUUAAUUUCGAUUAUCUUCACUUGCAAUUUUUUACGAAUGAUGUCGCUGUGAACGGAGUUUCAAUUCAUAGAUACAGUUUAAAAUCAAGUUGUGCAUUAUUUAGAAUUAUUGAUAAUGUAAUAGCAAUUUUCUGCGAGGCAAAACGUACCAAGAAAACCAGGUAACGUAAAUUUAAACUUCUGCUAAGAAUCAACAAAUCACUGGAAAUAAAAGAAUAUCAGUAGCAGGGCAGGCGUUUUCAAAUAGUGUAAGUUUUUUUAAGCUUGUAUUUUAUCCCCGUUUUUUUAACUGCAAUGGUAAUUAAUAAGCAGUUUUAAUUAUUAUUAUUAUUAUUAUUAUUAUUAUUAAGUACCAAAGGAAAUAGAGAACUCUGCAUUUUUAACCCGCUUUUACAGUUUCGGAUUGGAUUUGUCACCUGAUGUAUUAAGUGGCUUUCCUCAAGAACGAAAAAAAAAUAUUCAAUUAUCAUUUUAGUUUUAAAGUUCUUCUUAAUUUAGAGAAGCAACGUCUCCUUCCGUUGCAAUUAAAAUGCAUCCAGCGUAACUGAGCAUUUAUCGAUGAGUCAAGGGGAAAUUAAAAACAAGCUGAAAAGAACUGAAGAAGGGCAAAGUCUUCGGCAUAUGUUAUACUAUGCGUACUCAUGCGCUUAACCGAACUUCGAACAUCUGCAGAUUGUUGGCUGUGAUAACCGAGUGGACAGUAAAAGACGUUUUGAUCGCUGCGGUGUAUGUGGAGGUAAUGCGAGUACCUGCACAAAGGUAUCCAAGGAAUACACCGAUAACCCGGCAACAAGUGGUAAGCAUAUAAUUCAGUUGUUGUAUGACUUGCAGUAUGAUAUUUCAAGCGACAGUAUAAGAAGCUGGUCACAGAGUAGUCGUCUUCGUCUUAGUUCGGCUUCCAAACCCUGUCUUUCGAGCUCUCCGGAUUUCUUGUCAAAGAAAGGAAAAAAAAUCUUUAAAUAACCUGCUUAACUUCUGUACUACAUUUAAAAGUAAACAAAGCAGCAUUAAACCCUAGAAUUUGUAGCAUUAUAAAAGAUUGUUAAUAGCACUGCUAUAGAUACUCCCUCCAUGGGGGAGGAUCUAGGGAGGGAUGGGAAGGCGUUAGUACAAAUGCCUGAGCAUUUUGAUCACAAGGUUUCAUUUGUCUAUGUGAAGGCGUGUGUGGUGGACCGGUUAACGCCUCAAACUCCGAAUCUGGAGGUCCGGGUUUCAUUAGACAAGGUUCUUUACUCCACUUUGUCUUCACCCAGGUGUAUAGAUAGGUACCGGCGACAUACUGCUGGGGUGUAACCAUGCGAUGAAUAAGCAUCCAUCCAGGGGGAGUAGCAAUAUUCCUACAGGCAUGAUUCCGUUCGUUUAGGCCUUUGGCUCGGGUGUGCCUUUACCUUGCCUUUAGUAAAAAACAUUGCAGUUUAGCUGACAUCUAAAACUGGAAGAAAAUGCCAACAGGUUUUAAUCAAAGCUUAAAGUUAGGCUAUAUUGAAUGAUUUAAUUUGAUACAUUAUGCAAUCUAUUUGCAAUAAAUUGUUCCAAGACCCGCUCUGGAGAUCUGGUUCGUCCUUAGCUGGCAAACAAUAAAAGAGGAAAAUAUCAGCAUCAAUUGAAGAUACUCUUUUUUAACUCGUUGACGUUAGGUCCCGGUAACGCGGCACUGAUCGUUACACUACCCCCAGGAACUCGAUUUGCUAAAUGUGAAAUGAAAGAAGAGACCACUAAUUAUCUUGGUAAGUGUAUUGCAGUAUAUUUGUAAGUAGGUAGUAAAGUAGGGACCGAAUUAUCCCUUUUUGUCACGUUAACAAGGAAAUAUGAUUCAAUUACCCCAACACUGGCUACCUGUACAAUCCCAUAUUAUUUUUAAGCUACUGUUAUUAGUCUAUAAAGCACUCAACGACAAAGCACCUUCUUAUAUUUCUAGUCUCCUAAGUCAUUGAAAGUUCUCUCGGUGAUUACGUUCCAGUGGCCCUGAACUGCUGACAGUACCACUUGCUAAACUUAAGACUGAUGGAGACCGAGAGUUUAGCACUACUGCGCCAAGGCUAUAUGGAAUAACUUGCCUCUCAGACUUAUCUUUUUAAAGAAACUUGUAACUUUUAUCUCUAGUACACGUGUUUACAUAUUAAUUAUCUGUAAAUUUAUCUUAGAAUAUUUUUAGAUUUUGCAUUUUUGACUUAUAAUUAUUGGACUCGUCGAGCUAGUUGGUACAAAGAAGGGCGAAAGCUAUGCGACUACCACGUCAUGGAUCCGGGCUUAAGUGUCAUUUGCCUUGCUAAGAUCAGCUUUGCUUUGUUUAAGAGGCUCGCGAGUGUUCAGAAGAGUCCAUUUAGAAGUGUCGGACACAGAUUUAGGCGAUAUUUUAUUUCCCUCUUUUUAGCUAGAAUACGUUUACGUUUACCACAAAAGUUACUUUUAAAUCGAAAUGUUUUUUCAAAAAUUUAAAUGAAAUGUUUUUAAUAAGAACAAUGUUUUUGAUUGGAAAGAAUUUUUUUUACUCGAAACUAAGAGCUUUUUUGUAAUCGAAAGGAAUUGUAAAUAGUGCCUUGACUGAAUAGUUUUUUUAAGCGAAAUUAAUAGUAAUAGGAUUCAGUAUAGUUAGCCUUGUUAUUAUUAAAAGAAGAAAUUAUAAAUUAUUAACAUUUUCAUUAUUAUUAUUAUUAUUAUUAUUACUAUUUUUGCUGUGGUGGAAUUUCAUUAACUUGCAGUAAAAUUUCCUUUAACUUCGAUGACUCCGUAAAACUUUGUAUGUUCUACUUUUUCAUGAUUCAUGCAGAAAGUUGGACAGAUUGUUUAGUUAAGUUUAGUGAGCUUUUAGGGAUUAUAAGUCGUUAAAAGGGGAACUGUAGAGGCAUUGCUGCGUGCAAACGGACGCAACAACUCCCAACAUUGUGGCGCCAGCGAUGCUGGGAGUUGUUGCGUGCAUGUUGGCAGUGGUCUGCAAACGGAUGCAACAACUCCCAACAAUUUUGGGACAUUUAGUGCAUCGUGAGAAGGAUGCAACCCUUAAGAGCCAAUGUCAGUAAUUUUCGAGAAUCGGUUGACACUCGUGAAUUUUUGAAUUACUUCAUAUUUUGCCCAAAAAAUCUCUAUAGUACACUUAUUUUAAAAAUCACAUUAAACCUUUCAACGGCUUUUUAGUUUUUCCUGAAUCGGGCAAAAUUUGAAAAACGCCAAAUCGGCGCUCUUUCGAGUAUGAAAUUAGCGAAAAUUGAGCAUUUUCUUCGCGCUCGUACAUAAAAACGGAAAAAUAUCUCUAGAUGAAAUCAAGUCACAAAACAGACACACAUUAUUACUUUAUAAUUCAGCAGUUAAUUUUAAAUAAACCGUUUAAAUGUGACUGUACCGGCCGCAAGAAGAAACACGGUUUCAGCAAUUUUCAAAAAUGGCAAAUUUGACCUAACUUCACCAUCGUAAAAACCUAGUUGGUACACGGAAUUUCAACAUAAAACAAACACUAUUUUAAAGCAAAUCCUUUGUCGUUUCUUGCAUCAAAAAAAUUUUGGCGGCAUUACAAAAGUGCGUCGCUGAGACAUCGAAACGUGCAGGGUAGUUUCGCACGUUGGAACGCUGAAACAAGCUGGCCGCGAGUGUAGGCACACAAAAGUUUUGGCUAACUUAGUUUCUUUUACAAGGGGCACAUUACGGGAAGCUCUUAAAAUCUUUUGAAAAACGCUUUUCAAUUUGAUGGUUAUAAAAAAGAGCUAAGCAGAUUAACACUACAUUUGAUUGCACGCAAGUAGCUGAAAAAGACAACGCUGUUAAAUUCUCAUUGAGUGUAAAUAUUGACCUCGAGUUUCUGCACCUCAAAAUAAAGCCGCUAGAAACGGCGUGCUAGCUCUAAAUGAGAUUCGAGAUCUCUAAGAAUUACUUACCACAGUCGUUUCAACUGCAAGUGGCCGCAGUUUACCGUAAUCUCCCGUCGUUUUAUAGCCUCGGACUAAACACUGUGAUGCGUGACGGAAAGCCCGUGUGUAAUUUGAGUCUGGUCACGCAACUGUACAGACAAGGGUAAAUCAUCGCACGAGUGUACAAGAAAAAAUAAAAUGACAAUUUAAUAACACUCUUUUUUUUAGUUUUAUAUUUAAUAUUCCCAAAACAUGUGGAACUAAACUUGAUUUUAGGAUGUACCAGCCGAAUUUAACACAAAUAGUGAAAGAAAACAAAUAGAGUAAGCCGAGUCUGCAAAACUUUUCACACUAGUUUUCUUUUAUUUGCACUUAGGCUUCUGAGCCUUUGCUUGUAAUAAACUAAUCUUAACCCCGCUUGGCGUAUAGACUUCUUUAUCGAUCACCUCAGUAUGAAUUGAGGGAUUUAGGAACACACGUACGCCAUAUGCAACAUGAAGGUAGAGCAGGGAAUGGAAACGAGUAAAACUGUUUAAAGAAAAUUGGCCAACGCUCCGCAAAAGAACAUUCCUGAAAAACCACAAAUCGACAAUGGACAAUGGACAAUGGACACAUUUGAUGAGCGAAAAAUCGACAAUGGACAAUGGACAUAUUUGAUGAGCGAAAUACAAGUAUUUAACAUGUUUAAAUUACUGAAAGUAGUAUUGCUUUGCUCCUCUGCAGGAAUGGCAUCUUCUGGCAAGACCUCAACCUGUUGUUGACGAAUUGUACACUAUCUGAUCCCCUGCCCCCCGAACAGAGGCCCUUAAAGGCCAGUCUACACAGUAUGGGGUUAGACCAGAAUGCACGUACUGCUAGCUCCCGCCUGAAGAAAAGGAAUAGUCACCUGGCUCUGUCCGCCACCACCCCCGGCACUUGUUCGCUGGCUAGAAAAUAGACCAAUUCACUGACAAGUUCUUUUUCAUAACGUCAAAAUCCGUCGCGUAAAUGAAAAAAAUGCUUUAAAAUGCCUAAGCCAUUUUACUUACUAUCUUUUAACCAAAUACGUUGCGGAGAAAAGAGACAAAAGGCUGAAAAUAGCCUUUCAUUUCGAUUUAAAAUUUCAGAUGGAGAAUGCCCUUUUCCUAGGUCUGCACCUGCAGUGACUUGUGUGCUAAAACUCCUUCGUGGUGGUAUCUCUCGGGCAAAAACGACCGCCUAGCGGCGAGGAGCGAGCAGAGAAGUCAGUGGCCAUUUUCGAAAAGAAAAAGAAGUGUAAAGGCAGCACCUUCGUGACUUAGAAAACGUAUGCGUAUAUAAUUUUCUUCAGGCCGCACAGAGUCAUCAAUUAAUGUGCCUUUACGGACCCCUUUUAAAUGAGCAGCCAGCAUGGCCAGUGGCUGUUCUGGAACUGUACAACGUGAUUUGUGCUCCGCCACCCGGAACCCAAACAUUUUUCAUGCGCCAAUUUUGUGGAUCAAACAAAGUCUGCUAGCUCUAAAAGUAGUGAUAAAGACAUGAAUUGUUGUAUGUGUAGGGUUGAUCCUAAUGGAGAACCCAAUGCCAACCAACCCACCCAUCUCCUCCCCCUGCUCUAAAGUUAAACAAGCUAAGUAGACUUUUCAGGACGUUAGCAUAGUCACCGGAGACCUCUUGUAAAGUUCACUAAAAUAGUAGCAAGCACCUUCGAAGCCUGUUCACUGACCCUCUACUUGUUCAUUAGAGAUCGUCGAUCUAUUUUCUCUUUGGAGAUCGUCGAUUUCGCGUAUGAAAAUAAAAGCCGCAGGGGAUUUAUUGACCGUUAGAGCAAGGGGCUCCGCUCUCGCGCGCUCGCUUCGCUCGCGUGCUCGUCUAUUUUCAAAACGAAAGAGGAGUGUAAAAGCUGCACCUUCGUCGCUCAGGAAACGUCUGCGUAUAUCAUUUUCUUCAGGUAAUAAAGAGUCAUCAAUCAAUGUAGGUUGAUCUAGAACGGUACCACGUGACUUGUUGCACCGCUACCCGGAACCAAACAUUUAGAGGCGGUGAGCAAAAACUCUUAUUUUCAUGCGCCAAUUUUGUGGAUCAAACAAAGAUCACCCAACGUAAAUGCAGAAAACCGUACUUUUAUCAUUAGCGUAGUAGGGUCGAUGUUUGGUUAUUGCCCUACAUGUUCACGUGACUGACAAGUCAGGAGCAUACCAAGGGACUCACGACAUCUCUUCUAAGAUCGCAAUACAUUCAGCAUUACUGGGGCCACAGGCGCCAUAAACCAAGUUGAAUAUGUGCGAUAUGCUAUACGAACAUACAACAAAGACUUGAAAAGUAAAAAACUUAUACCAGGAAUUUCUUUUCCGGCGCGUUACGCGUCACGCACUUCCGGAAUGUCAUCUUUCCUCCUGUCGACAGAUUGAAAACAUAUGCAAACUUAACUUCGAUUCUGCCGUGAUGCAGAAUUUAGUUAGCGGUACUGUGACUCCGUCUAGCAUCUAAAUUCAGGUAAGUAAAUAACUUUUCUGAUUUUAAGGUUUCAAUGCGAUUAAAACUAUUGCAAACGAGUAUUUCGACAAUAUUCCUCUCUACUAACUGUGAUUUGAACUGCGUAUUCGUCUCUUCGUUAUCGUUUAUCGCAAAAAUCAGUUGAAAGGAAUCAUUUUAAACGGAACAGAAACGCCAAAGUAUAAUCUGAAACCGUUACAACUCUGACUAGGGUUUAAAUGUCGAAGUAACUUACGUUUGCGAAGGAUUAAUAUUCCAAGCGUCCAGACUUGCUUAUUGCACGCGCUUUCCUGGUGUCAAAAUACCCUUCAGGUUUUGGUCUCUCGACGGUGCGCAUUUGGAAUGCCGCCAGAAAUAUUUUAACACGAACAACAGCAAAGGAUAUGCUUCAAUACAGUUUUUGUUUCAUAUUGAAAUUCCGUGUACCAACUAGGUUUUUACGAUGGUGAAGUUAGGUCAAAUUUGCCAUUUUUGAAAAGUGCUGAAACUGUGUUUCUUCUUGCGGCCGGUACAGUCACAUUUAAACGGUUUAUUUAAAGUUAACUGCUGAAUUAUAAAGUAAUAAUAUGUGCCUGUUUUGUGACUUGAUUUCAUCUAGAGAUAUUUUUCCGUUUUUAUGUACGAGCGCGAAGAAAAUGCUCAAUUUUCGCUAAUUUCAUACUCGAAAGAGCGCCGAUUUAGAGUUUUUCAAACUUUGCCUGAUUCCUGAAAAAAUAAAAAGCUGUUACAAGUUUUAACGUGAUUUUUGAAAUUAGUGUAUUAUAGAGAUUAUUUGGGCAAAAUAUGAAGAAACUCAAAAAUUCAUGACUGUCAACCGAUUCUCGAAAAUUACAGACAUUGGCUCUUAAGUCUUUGUAAACCAUGCGUUAUGAGCGUGCGUGGCCCCAACAAUGUUGGAAGAGCUUUGCAAACGGAUCCAACAUUGUUGCGCUACUCUUCGGCGAUCACGGAACAAAAGAAAUGUUGGGAGUUGUUGGCUGAAAAGUUUGACCGGUUUCAAACUUUGCGCAACAACACGCAACCACCUCCAACAACAUGCAACAGGGUGUGCAAACGGACGCAACAUGUAAUAUCCAACAAUGUUGCGUCCGUUUUCACGCAACCUAAACUGUUUGCUUGAGUUGAGAAAACUUUAUAUGCCUCCCUGCGACUUUCUGCAAUGACAGCGUGGAUCUAAGUAACCUACAUUUUUCGAUAACCUAUAAUUACGGAUCCGAAAGUUACUUAUAGUUGUCGUUGUUGCUGUUUCCAGGCGUACAGGAUGCUUUUGGAAAUCAUUUGGUUGGCGGUCAUUUAGGCAAUAAUCAGGUCAAAGAGGCCGCUGGCUCACUGAUACACUACUCCCACCAAACGAGAGGCAAAGACAUCAUUCUAAUAAAGGAACCAACAAAUGCCACUUUGAGGGUAAUGGUAAGUAAGACAAGAAUUACUGCAAGCAAGAAUUUGAAAAUGCAGGUAUUUUUUACAUGUCAAGUAAAUGUCACAAUGAGUAGUUUCAUCUGAAGACCUAACUGCACACAAAGUAUAAAGGAAAGUUUCGUUUUAACAGUUUCACAUUUUUCAGGCAUUAGCAUGAUUACCGACAUUCUUUCUUAAGCUGAUGUGUCUCUAGUAUGAUUUGUGCUUAAUCUAAAAGUUAGCACCUAUCUUCACAUAGACACCGCUGCUUUUAAACUUGAAGGAAGAAAUAACAGGCGGAAUUAUUUUUCCAUCGGGGAGAAUAACGGAAUAAAAUAUAAGUUACUUUUUCAGGGUACAAAUUAAAGUAACCAAAAGUGUCUUGAAACGUUUUUGAGCGAUUUUCAAUGCUCAAUUUAAAUUUAAGCAAUAAACUAUGUGAUCUUUUUUCAGUACAUAAGAAAAGGUGAUCAGUCCAUUAAUCCAAGAGUGAAAUACACCCUUAUCAUACCCACUCAGCAUGCGAUUGGUAUACCUGGGUUGCCUGUUGAGUUUGAUUGGAUUAAUGAGAAUUGGUCAGGCUGCUCCAAAUCUUGUGCAUCAGGUAAUUAUCCAAAUUAACCCAACUUUUAUGUUAACCAUACUGUACUUUUAUAUAGUCCUGUACCUGGCCUGCGCCACAAACGAAAAUUAACUUCUGGUUAAUUCCGUCUACGAAACAUCGCCGAAAUCCUUGUACUAGGUCCCCACUUGUGUACCAGGAUUUGAGUACGCGCCAUGAUAGGACUCAGGCUAUACUAUAUCAUAUUGCCACAUUUACCAUAUUGAAGUUUUUUCUUUUCUAGGAAUCAGAACACGAACCCGAUGGUGCAUUGUUAAAGAUGACCGAAGUCCAGUUAAUACCUCCGCAUGUGGGGGACCCCCUGAAGAAACUGAACCAUGCAAUACUCAACCUUGUGAAGCAAAGUAAGUUUUUUCACAAAGUCAUGGAACAUAUCACGUGACAAAUUUUAAUACAUUACUCAUUCGUUUAUUAAUCAUUUUCGUAUUUGGUAGGUGGGUGAUGAAGUGGACAUCAUGUUCAAAAACCUGUGGCAAAGGCAAGCAAGUGCAUACCACAAAGUGCCUUCAACAAGUUAACGAAACUUUAUUCAGAGAAAGUGACACAUGUAAAGAUCCUAAACCUAACCCACCCCCCGUUCUUGUUCGGUUCUGCAAUGAAUACCCAUGCCCUCCGCAAUGGAUUGUGGGAAACUGGUCAAAGGUAAACUUUUGGUUGUUAUUUUCAUUUAAACGCCUAGAAACUCCAAUAAGGAGUUCCAAUAAUCGGCUGUUAACUCUGUGCAGUUCCUGUCGUUGCGUUCAUUCUGAUUCUAAAUUUGUUCGUUAAUAGCUUUAAUGGGGUGUGAUGUUAUUUGCGGUAAAUAUUUUGGCUUUUCUAUGGCUAACGAUUAAUUUCUCUCCGUCACGGUUAACAGACAUUUUGAACUAAGAAGAAAAAGCAAUUGAUUUAAAAAAGUUCAAAAUUCUCUAUUGUCUUAGGCAUCUAACUACUUUCCGGUAGUAAAAAAAAAAAAGACUGAAAUAGGGUCAUCAGCCACGCGACUUUGACAGCGUCUACAUAGCAGAUUACGGCAUGAAACAUUUUUGGACGGUUGGGGCUUUUACGACUUAUUAUUAAAAGCCGUGUUUACCCCUAAAGACUAGAAUUUUGGGCUGUUUUAUGAAUAAAGAUUAAUGCCAUUAGGGUGGAACUCCAUUAAAUGGGUUGGACCAGGUCCGACCUGAACAUAGACAGCGAAAUAACUAAAACUUAUUACAACUGAAAGAAAAGUAACCUGUGUUAGGACUGUAUGUAGAUACCCAAGAGAUGCACCCUAGACAAAAAGAAAAGUACAUACAAAAAAACAGAUUUAUUUUUCGAGUCCAGUUAUAGUUUACAUACAAUUUAAUACAUGGUGUUCGCUGCUCAUGUUGUUCCUAUUUGCAGUGUCCUCUGAAAUGCAGAGUUGCGACGAUACAGAGA